ACCUGUUAGUGUUCGGGUAGCAGGAGGGGAGCGGUUACCAUGGGAACCCCGUGCUCCUGGAUGUGAGAGGGAUGCCGGCUGGAGCUUGCGGGGUUCUCCCGGUGCCUCAGUGAGAUGGGGGUGGAUAGGGGUUCGGCCGGGAGGCUCCUGGAGUCGGUUCGCUGCUAAAACUCUGCCCAAGCUCUGCUCAUGUGCCCGGGGCUUCCAGGAUGGAGGAGCGUCUGAGAGGUACUGGGAUUGGGCAAGAUUCAAACUAUGCAAGUGGCACCCGGAUUCCAGUCUCUCUUGACGGGCUGGCUUCGCAGUCGAAAGGUCGAGCACCUUCCAAACCGACAGUUUUAUCCUGGCAAGCUGCCAUCGAUGCUGCAAGACAAGCCAAGGCUGCCCAAAGUAUGAGCACCACUGAACCCUUGCCAGUCGGAUCCCUAUCCCAGAAAAAACGUCAGCAAUAUGCGAAGAGCAAAAAGCAAGGAGGAAGCUCCACCAACAACAGACCAACCCGUGCUCUAUUCUGCCUGUCUCUCAAUAACCCAAUACGGAGAGCCUGCAUCAGCAUAGUGGAAUGGAAACCAUUUGACAUAUUUAUACUAGUGGCUAUUUUUGCCAAUUGUGUGGCCUUAGCUGUUUAUAUUCCAUUUCCUCAAGAUGAUUCAAAUUCAACAAACCACAACCUGGAAACAGUAGAAUAUGCCUUCCUCAUCGUUUUUACUAUCGAAACCUUUUUGAAGAUCGUCGCGUACGGAUUAGUGAUGCACCCCAACGCCUAUGUACGGAACGGGUGGAACCUGCUGGAUUUUGUUAUAGUAAUAGUGGGAUUGUUUAGUGUAGUGCUGGAACAAUUAACAACCAAAGAAGAGGAAGAAGAUAACCAUUCAACCGGCAAAUCGGGGGGCUUUGAUGUCAAAGCCCUCAGAGCCUUCCGUGUGCUGCGCCCCCUUCGUUUGGUCUCCGGUGUCCCCAGUUUACAGGUGGUGUUGAACUCCAUUAUUAAAGCCAUGGUCCCGCUCCUUCACAUCGCCCUCCUGGUCUUAUUCGUCAUCAUCAUUUACGCCAUUAUUGGCCUCGAGCUUUUUGUGGGAAAAAUGCACAAAUCCUGUUAUCUCAUUGGCACUGAUUUACUCGCUGAAGACGAGCCAGCACCAUGUGCGUUCUCAGGGAAUGGCCGCGUGUGUCCGGUUAAUGGUUCUGAAUGUCGGACUGGAUGGGCCGGACCUAACGGGGGAAUCACCAACUUCGACAACUUUGCCUUUGCCAUGUUGACCGUGUUCCAGUGUAUCACUAUGGAGGGAUGGACAGAUGUGCUCUACUGGGUUAAUGACGCCAUAGGAUGUGAGUGGCCUUGGGUCUAUUUUGUGAGUCUUAUUAUCCUGGGCUCCUUUUUCGUUCUUAACCUCGUUCUUGGUGUACUUAGUGGAGAAUUCUCUAAGGAGAGGGAGAAAGCCAAAGCCCGAGGCGACUUCCAAAAACUCCGUGAGAAGCAGCAGCUGGAAGAGGAUCUUACGGGUUAUCUGGACUGGAUCACUCAAGCUGAAGAUAUCGACCCUGAGAAUGAUGAAGAGGGGGAUGAGAAGGGCAAACGCAACACGAGCAUGCCAACCAGCGAAACCGAAUCUGUCAACACCGAAAACGUUGGCGAGGGGGAGAACGCAGGUUGCUGCGGCAGCGCUUGUCAUUCGGUUUCCAAGUCCAAGUGCAGUCGGCGCUGGCGUCGAUGGAAUCGCUUCAACCGCAGACGAUGCAGAGCCGCCGUGAAGUCGGUGACGUUUUAUUGGCUUGUUAUUAUUCUGGUCUUUCUGAACACGCUGACCAUCUCGUCUGAGCAUUAUAACCAACCCGAUUGGCUGACGAUGAUCCAAGACAUAGCGAACAAGGUGCUGCUGGGGUGUUUCACCUGCGAGAUGUUGGUGAAGAUGUACAGCCUUGGCCUCCAGGCUUACUUUGUCUCCCUGUUCAAUCGCUUCGACUGCUUUGUGGUGUGCGGGGGGAUCACAGAGACCAUCCUGGUGGAGCUGGAGAUCAUGUCGCCCCUGGGGAUCUCAGUGUUUCGCUGCGUUCGACUGCUUAGGAUUUUUAAAGUGACAAGGCACUGGGCUUCCCUCAGCAACCUCGUGGCCUCACUGCUAAACUCCAUGAAAUCCAUCGCUUCCUUACUGCUCCUGCUCUUCCUCUUCAUCAUCAUCUUCUCGCUGCUGGGAAUGCAACUUUUUGGGGGCAAGUUUACUUUUGAUGAAACACAGACCAAGAGAAGCACCUUCGAUAAUUUCCCCCAGUCCCUCCUUACAGUGUUCCAGAUCCUGACAGGUGAGGACUGGAACGCAGUUAUGUACGACGGCAUCAUGGCGUACGGAGGGCCCUCGUCAUCAGGAAUGAUUGUCUGCAUCUAUUUCAUCAUACUCUUUAUCUGCGGGAACUAUAUCCUAUUAAAUGUCUUUUUGGCCAUCGCUGUGGAUAAUUUGGCAGAUGCAGAAAGUCUGAACACUGCGCAGAAGGAGGAGGCCGAGGAGAAGGAGAAAAAGAAAAGUGCAAGGAAAGAAAGUCUGGGGAACAAAAAUGAGAAAUCAGAUAACGAUCAAAAAAAAACAACCGAUUCCAAGAUUUCUGUUGAUGAGGAAAAUGAAGAGGAAACUGAGUGCCACAUGCCGGAUGAGGAAGAGGAAGAUGAAGCAGAAUUACCAGGGGGCCCUCGUCCUCGGCGAAUGUCUGAGCUGAAACAGGAGAAGAUCACCCCAAUUCCAGAAGGGAGCGCCUUCUUCAUCUUCAGCAACACCAACCCGAUCCGGGUGGGGUGCCACAAGCUCAUCAACCAUCACAUCUUCACCAACCUGAUUUUAGUUUUCAUCAUGCUGAGCAGCGCCUCCCUGGCAGCCGAGGAUCCCAUUAGUAGUCACUCCUUUAGGAACAUCAUUCUUGGUUACUUUGACUAUGCUUUCACAGGCAUCUUUACCGUUGAAAUCUUCCUGAAGAUGAUGACAUUCGGAGCAGUUCUCCACAAAGGCGCUUUCUGCCGAAAUUACUUUAAUUUGCUGGACUUGCUGGUCGUGGGGGUCUCCCUGGUGUCCUUUGGUAUCCAAUCCAGCGCCAUUUCCGUGGUGAAGAUUCUGCGUGUUCUGCGAGUGCUCAGACCCCUGAGAGCCAUCAACAGAGCCAAAGGCCUCAAGCACGUAGUUCAGUGUGUGUUUGUCGCUAUCCGGACAAUCGGGAACAUCAUGAUCGUCACUACAUUGCUGCAGUUUAUGUUUGCCUGUAUUGGAGUGCAGCUGUUUAAGGGGAAAUUCUAUCGCUGUUCAGAUGAAGCUAAAGAGACCCCGGUGGAGUGCAAGGGAAAAUACAUUAUUUUCAAGGAAGGAGACCUUAACAACCCGGCCAUUCGAGAGCGCAUGUGGCACAACAGUGACUUCAACUUCGACAAUGUACUCUCCGCCAUGAUGGCUCUCUUUACGGUUUCCACCUUCGAAGGUUGGCCAUCGCUUCUCUACAAAGCCAUUGACUCCAAUGGGGAGAAUGUGGGUCCCAUCUAUAACAACAGAGUGGAGAUCUCCAUCUUCUUCAUCAUCUACAUCAUCAUCAUCGCCUUCUUCAUGAUGAACAUUUUCGUGGGUUUUGUCAUUGUCACAUUUCAGGAACAGGGAGAAAAGGAGUAUAAGAACUGUGAGCUGGAUAAAAACCAGCGUCAGUGUGUAGAAUACGCUUUAAAAGCUCGACCUUUGCGAAGAUAUAUCCCAAAAAACCCUUAUCAGUAUAAAUUCUGGUAUGUGGUCAACUCUACAGGCUUUGAAUACAUCAUGUUCGUUCUUAUUAUGGUCAACACCCUGUGCUUAGCUAUGCAGCAUUAUGGACAGUCGGACAUAUUUAAUGAUGUUAUGGAUGUGAUGAACAUGGGUUUUACGGCCGUAUUUGCUGUAGAAAUGGUUUUGAAACUUAUUGCUUUCAAGCCUAAGCACUAUUUCACUGAUGCAUGGAACACUUUUGAUGCCUUAAUUGUUGUGGGUAGCGUUGUUGAUAUUGCCAUUGCAGAAGUUAACAGCUCAGAAGAAAGCGCCAUGAUCUCCAUCACGUUUUUCCGUCUGUUCCGAGUGAUGCGAUUGGUCAAAUUGCUGAGUCGGGGCGAAGGGAUACGGACCUUGUUAUGGACCUUCAUAAAGUCAUUUCAGGCGCUGCCGUACGUCGCAUUACUCAUCGCAAUGCUCUUCUUUAUCUACGCAGUGAUUGGCAUGCAGGUUUUUGGGAAAAUCGCAAUGCGAGACAACACUCAAAUCAACCGGAACAACAACUUCCAGACUUUCUUUCAGGCAGUUUUACUUCUAUUCAGGUGUGCGACGGGGGAGGCCUGGCAGGACAUCAUGUUGGCGUGUUUACCCGGGAAACGCUGUGACCCAGAUUCCGACUAUAACCCGGGCGAGGAGAACACGUGCGGCAGUUACUUUGCGAUUCCCUAUUUCAUCACAUUCUACAUGCUCUGCGCCUUCCUGAUCAUCAACCUUUUUGUUGCGGUUAUUAUGGACAACUUUGAUUACCUGACACGUGAUUGGUCGAUACUGGGGCCCCAUCACUUGGAUGAGUUUAAGAGGAUUUGGUCUGAAUAUGACCCAGAAGCAAAGGGGCGAAUAAAACACCUCGAUGUGGUCACUUUACUACGGCGCAUUCAGCCUCCAUUAGGGUUCGGAAAAUUAUGUCCCCACAGAGUGGCGUGUAAGCGCCUGGUUGCUAUGAACAUGCCUCUGAAUAGCGACGGCACCGUGAUGUUCAACGCUACUCUCUUUGCUUUGGUCAGAACGGCCCUGAAAAUUAAAACUGAAGGAAACCUUGAGCUGGUCAACGAGGAACUCCGGGCCGUAAUUAAGAAGAUCUGGAAGAAAACGAGCAUGAAACUUUUGGACCAAGUUGUCCCUCCUGCAGGAGAUGAUGAGGUAACCGUGGGGAAGUUCUAUGCCACCUUCCUGAUACAGGACUACUUUAGGAAAUUCAAGAAGCGCAAAGAACAAGGAUUGGUGGGCAAAUACCCAGGGAAGGACACCACAGUAGCGUUACAGGCCGGACUGAGAACUCUCCACGAUAUUGGACCUGAAAUCCGACGAGCGAUCUCAUGUGACCUCCAGGAUGAGGAGCCGGAGCAGAACGAUCACGAGGAGGAAGAGGAGGAUAUAUACAGAAGAAACGGGGGGCUGUUUGGAAACCACGUCAAUCAUGUGACCUUCCAGCAAACCAACACCACCCGGCGCCCACUCCACGUCCAGAGACCCCCCGCCCAUUCCACCAGUGACACCGACAAUUACACACAUACAGGGAAUUGUGUGCAACACAACUAUCAGAACCACAACCACCCGGGGAAACCGGUGUCCAACUCCACAAAUGCCAAUCUCAACAAUGCCAACGUCUGGAACCCUGCGAAUGGCAAACACUCCGGACUCGCUGCCCCUGGGCACCCGGCUGAGAACGGCUACUACUCCCACCCCAGGAACGACUACGAAAAACCCAGAAAACCGAGUAUUAAAAGGACUCGAUAUUACGAGACUUAUAUUAGGUCUGAGACUGGAGAGAGGAACGUGCCAGUUAUCUUCCAUGAAGAUCCCGACUUUCCAGACUAUGGAGAAGAUCCGUACGCGGAUGAAGGGGAAUAUUACAGCGGGGAUGAGUAUUAUGAAGAGGACACUAUGCUGUCGGCCAACAGGCAAAUGUAUGAGGAGCCGGCGCUGUACCAGACGAAUGAUGUGGAUUACGAGGGACCUCGAGGUUAUCACCACCCGCAUAGUUUCUUUGAAGAGGAAGAUUCCCAGAUAUAUUACGAAACCCGGAAAUCACCAAGACGAAGGCUACUCCCCGCGACCCCUCCGUCAAACCGAAGAUCUUCCUUUAAUUUCGAAUGUCUGCGCCGGCAAAGCAGCCAAGAUGAAUUGUCCCCCCCGUUCCACCAACACACGGCUUUGCCCCUACACCUGAUGCAGCAACAGAUCAUGGCCGUCGCAGGUUUAGAUUCCAGCAAAGCCCAAAAACACUCUCCGUGUCGCUCUACAAGAUCAUGGGCAACGCCCCCAGGCACCCCGAACAACAGGGACCGCACCCCUUUCUACACCCCCCUCAUCCGCGUCGACCGUGCGGAAUCCAAGGAGCAGAUGAACGGCAGCCUCCCCUCCCUGCAGAGAAGCUCCUGGUACUCGGACAACAGUGACAUUUCUUACCAGACAUUUGCUCAGUCCAAUCUGACCGUGCCGGGCGACUUCCACAACAACAAACUCAGCGACAAGCAGAGAAGCGCAGACAGUCUGGUAGAAGCGGUUCUUAUCUCCGAAGGUCUAGGACGUUACGCCAAGGACCCCAAGUUUGUAUCGGCCACCAAACAUGAGAUUGCCAACGCGUGUGACAUGACUAUCGACGAGAUGGAAAGUGCAGCGAGCAACCUCCUCAACGGGAGCAUCCGGAACGGGUCAGCAGGGGGCAAUACGUUUCCUAUUCUAACCAGGAGAGACUAUGAACUUCAGGAAUAUGGGCCGGGCUAUAGUGAUGAAGAGCCAGAACCUAUUAAAUAUGAAGAAGACUUAGCCGAUGAGAUGAUCUGUAUAACCACAUUAUAGUAUUCACUACAAUGGUUUGGGGAUUGUUUAUCUCAGAGAAGUGUCGGACAAUCAGCUGAUACUCGGCACUGGCAGUGAAGGAAGUCUCUCCGUGUUGUCCGUCUUGGAAGAAGCUGGUGGCUUGGUGAGGACGUGGGGAAUUUAAGCACUAAUGGAAGGUCACCGGAUCCUCAUUCGGUCCUGGCUGUGAAUUUCAGUGCUUGUGGUUGGAAGGGAGUGAGGUGGGGUUUGUGGAUUGCGGCUGUGGCUAUAAUAUACCCCAGAGAUGAACAAAGGGGCAUGAGAGGAGAUCCAUGAAAUUUGGUGAUGACAAUCAAAAUGACAACGAAGUUACCACUGCCAUGAAUAUCAUAUCAGAAACCUCACCAAAUCCAUUUGAGAAGAAAGGUCUUGAGGCACAUUGCAAUGCAACUACUGAGUGUGAGUCAGGUUUUGGGAGCUCAGAGAGGGCAGAUACUGUACAGUUGCACCACCAGCAACCAACCCAAUGGUGAGUCUCAGGCCUGGAACUGGGGUCUCCAUCUGAUCUUGAGCGUCUACGCUUUAGCGAUGAAAAAGGUCUACUUAGGACAGUUCCUUCCGGGAUAUAUCACCAUAGAAACAAUAUCACUUGCAUCGUCCUCAUUCGUUUCUAAUGAACCUUCAUCUGUCACUCAAGGAGUUUCCAUUCGGGCGAAUCUUUUCUAAAAACACUGGAAGAAUCUCACUUGGAACGGGUGAACUGUAUCAAUCACUAAGGGCCGCCCAGGUUCCUGUAAAUACGGCAGUUUGUAUUUGUAAAGAGAUGUUCUAUAUUUUGUAAUCCAUGUGCCGUUUCACAGCAAUAUUUAUGGGUUCUUAUUUAAUGUCAUGGGGGGGGGGGGAAACAUUUUCAAAAGGAUUAUUUUUUUUGUUGUUGUUGUUUCUCCUGGAAAUUCUAGAGGCGUCUCGGGGGGAGUAACGCUCCGGGUUCUGAUCAGAGGGAGACUUGAAAGAUUUUGUGAGAGAAAUAUUUUAUGUCUAAUGAAACGAACGGAUCUUUCCAGAUAUGCAAAUGUUACAGACGAUGAUUAACGAGUGCUUUAUUUUUAGGAUUUGUCAUUAAGCUGUGAAACUUUCUAAUCUGCAGAGAAUAUUUACCAAAAAGAUGAUGAUUUUAUUGAAAUUCACUGAUUUUAUUUUUUGAAUUCUACGUUUUUCCUGAAGAGUUCUAUAUAAAAAUGUCAUGUUUCCGUCGCUAGAGCAGCUGGUAUUUUUGCAUAUUGAACGGAGAAAUUGCUCAAUUUCUGAGAGAUUUAACUUCUUACAUUCCAGUCGGCGGUACUGAUGGUGCGACCGCCAUCGACCCAUAAUGCACGGACUCACACUUGGCUUUGGAUAAUUGGGGAAUAAGUAUUUGUUUUGGAAACCAAUUAAAAACAUAAACAUAAAACCCAUCACUUUACUGAUCUGUGGGAGGGCUCGUACCUAUGAUCUUUUUGGAUUGAUUUGAUUGGUCGAAUAUCCUGGUAUCCUCUGCUGCUGUGACUGGAUCCCCUGGUAAUGGGGCCCUCCUAGCACUGAGUUUUGGGGGUGCAAUCAGACAUUGUCACAUUCAUUUCCCAGGGAUAGUCCUGUUCCCGUGCAGCUCGCUGGGCCACAAUGAUUCUCUUCCUAGUGCUGCUGUUCUGUUAUUGGCUCAUCUUUCUCAUUAUUCUGCCUCUACCCCCCCCCCCCCUUCCGCCAUCUUAACCUGCCAUUGUACCCACCUCCCUGAAAUUGUCUCUAAAUUGUCUUCUCAAAGGAAUUGUCUCCGUCCAUAUUGAACACAGGUAUCACCUGUCUAAAUUCUCUUUAAUGUGGUCUCUGUCCUCCUUGAUGUUAGAGUUCAUGUACGAGCCCUACAAGGUCAGUGUACAAGAGUAAUUCUGUCGCUGUUUUUUUACCCACAAUGCAGCAUAAUAAAAUCGCAACUGCUCCAUUGA